CAAAAGCUCUCCGUUCUCCGUGCUCCAAGCAAUCAACUCAACACUUCUCACCCCACAAAAGCUAGACAUUGCGGUAUCCGGCAGCCAUCCAUGGGUUCAUCGUCAUCGAAACCCGUGAGAUCUGCCGCACAGGCAGUCUCACGACGACAAUACCCUAAACAACCUUCUGUACCAUCCACAUCUCCGACUCCUCGACCUGCUCCAUCGCCCCGGACACCCAAGGAACCAACUCAGACUCAGUCUCAGACUCCAACAGGCCCAACAUACCAUUCCAAAGAGCAACCAUCUCUCACAAAAUCAAACGCAAUCGACCUCGACGGACGAGACCCCGAUUUCGCCGCCUCCCUCCGCGGCCUCGGCCCCGUCAGUCCAGCCCCUACCCUCUCCAACUCAAGCACAUUCACCUCCGGCCCCCAACGCAGCGACUCCGUCCAAACCGUCUUCCCCCGGGCCUCGAACCCCGCUUUGCUAGUCAUCACCGCACGCCAAAAGAUAGCCAAGGCGGCGGAACGGGAGACGGAGUCCUUCGGAAGGCAGCAUUUCGAGGGCCGGGAGUUUCUGGAUGCGUUGACGAUUCGGCAGGCGCUGUCGAUGCGGGAUCGGCAGGGGGUGCCGGCGGGGGAGAUUGAGAGGUUGCUACGGUUGAAGAGGGGGGUUAUGGGACGGUUAGGGGAGAAAGGCGUUGUUUCGGAAGUGGGGUAAGGAUG